UUCCCAUUUGUUUGCAUUCUUGAAAACUUCCCAGCAGCCCUCUUGAUUUCCUCCCAUUUCUUUAUUAUAUAUCAUCAUUAUUACAUUAUAUUAUAUUAAUUUCAAUUAAAUUCCCUUAUUCUUCUAUUAUUCUCCCUUUUUCUCUUUCCUUUUUGUUUUUGUCCAUUUCUACCAAAACAUAUAGAUCUAAUGUACCACUACCACCACCACCCUUUUCCUUGUUUGCAUUGCCACCCUCAUAACUAUAUCAGAAUGGUUCAAAGUCUAAUAGAGAGGUGUUUGCUCCUUCAUAUGGACCGAGAACAAUGCGUUAAAGCUCUCGCUAGGCACGCCAGAAUCCGGCCACUCGUCACGCUAACUGUAUGGAGGGAGCUACAAAAAGAGAACAAAGGCUUCUUUCACCAAUAUCUCACCCAAGUAUCUCGGAUUCCAAAUCUAGGUAGGCAUGGGAUGAUAUACCCAAGAAAUGGGAGGAGGAGCCAAUGGAAAUGAAGAAAACAGAUGUCUGGUCAGGGAUAGAUGUCAUGAAUUAAUGUGGUUGUCCUCGAAGCUAAGGCAUAAUGAAACAGUGGGAUAUGAUGUUUUAGGGUUAUUUAUAUUCGGAUACCUCGUAAUUAUCCUAGUAUGACGUGUAGCUUGUAGGGACCAUAUAAAUUAAGAAUGUUUUCUUAUCCUUUCUUAAUUUAAUCACAUCAAUCAUCACAUGGUAAUGGCUCUAAUAGUCUCUUGUAGAUAUAAUACUUUGUAAGUUUGGGUUGUGAUUCAAUAUUGUAUGAUUAAAUGUAUAAUGCAUUGUAUUUGUUGUAAAUAUAUAUUUGGUGGCCAUUAUCCUAUUUUUUCGGAUCA